GAGAGGAAAGGAAAUGCGCUAGAACCCUAAUCGAUUCCUAGCAAAUGGGGACCGAUGGGAGCGCCUGGAUCGUGUCACGAACCGCGCGAGCUCCAAGCAACAUCGCGGUGAUCAAGUACUGGGGUAAGCGCGACGAGGAUCUCAUCCUCCCGCUGAAUUCCAGCAUCAGUGUCACGCUGGAUCCGAACGAUCUCUCCGCGACUACCACGGUCUCUACGAGCCCGGAUUUCGAUGCUGAUAGGCUAUGGCUCAAUGACAAGGAGGUUUCUUUGUCGAGCCAUAGAUACGUGAGCUGCCUCAAAGAGCUUCGUGAUAGAGCCACCGAUGUCAAAGACGAGAAAACUGGGAUCGUGAUUACAAAGGAGGAUUGGAAACAUCUCAAGCUUCACAUCGUUUCGAAAAACAACUUUCCUACCGCUGCUGGAUUAGCUUCAUCAGCAGCUGGAUUUGCUUGUCUUGUGUUCACCGUUGCUCAGCUUAUGGGGAUCAAGGAGUCGUUUCCAGGGGAGCUUUCUACGAUCGCUCGGCGUGGUUCCGGUAGCGCCUGCCGCAGUCUCCAUGGAGGAUUUGUCAAGUGGGAGAUGGGAAAGAGGGACGAUGGAAAAGAUAGCAUUGCUGUUCCGCUUGCAGAGCAUCACGAGUGGGAUGAUCUUCGGAUUGUGAUUUGUGUGGUGAGUUCGCGGCAGAAAGAAGUGAGCAGUACAUCGGGCAUGCAAGAGUCCGUCCAGACAAGUCCACUCCUACAUUAUCGAGCCAAGGAAGUAGUGCCAAAGAGAAUCACUGAGAUGGAAGAAGCUUUGUCCAAACGCGAUUUCUCUUCCUUCGCCAAGUUGACUUGCGCGGACAGCAACCAGUUCCAUGCAACUUGCCUCGACACCUCUCCACCAAUUUUCUACAUGAACGACACCUCCAGAAGGAUCAUUGGUCUCGUGGAGCGCUGGAACAAGUCCGAAGGGAGUCCUCAGGCAGCAUACACUUUUGAUGCUGGACCAAAUGCAGUUAUCUUUGUUCCCCAGAAAUCUGGAGGAGCAUUGCUGCAUCGUUUGCUCUACGAGUUUCCCCCACCGGAAGGCAUGAAUCUAUCAAGCUACGUUGUUGGUAGCACAGAGCUUUUGGAGGCUUUAGGCAUUGAUAAACUGGAAGAUAUUCGUUCCCUGGAGCGCCCUAUAGAAUCUCCAAAGAGAGACGAAGGACAUGGAGAGCUUGCUUAUCUAAUUUGCACCCGGCCAGGGAAUGGCGCUUCCUUGUGUGAAUGAUUUCAAGGAAAGACCACUUAGCCAUAGCCUUCUCAAAAGCGGUUACCAAUGGAGAAUCCAAUACAAAGGAGGACGACUGAUUGAUUCCAAAGCUUUUGUUGUGGAACUUGGGCCGAGAUCUGGACACUCUUACUGGCUAAGGUUGUAAAACGUGAAACUUGUACUCUUACAUUUGCAGUUAGAUGUCAACGCUUCCUGUU